GGAUCCAAGAUGGCGGCGCAGGCCCGCGAGGGUGCUUCGUGAGGCGCUAGAUCACCAUGGCGACGGCGAGGCUGGGCUGGCAGGCCUUGGGCCUGGCCGUGCGUCAGGCUCGGCUCCUCGCGGCCGCCUCCCCUCGCCUGGAGCCGGCCUCGGCCCGCGCUCUGAGCCUGAGGAACUCGCGGCCACUCGGUGUGAAGGGACAGGAGGCAAGCUGGGUUCCUUCGGGAACGGGCCCCCUGCAGCCCCUCCGGGCCGCCCCGGCUCGCCCGCAGAGCCGCGACUCCGCGCUGGAUCACCUGGCCGGGAUCGCCCCGGGAGAAGCGGGCCCGUCUCUGGGGGGGCCGGCCGCCCCGCCCGCCUGCGCCUUCCCCGGUGAUCACAGAUCCCUGUUGUUCCACCGCCCUGAUCAGCCGGAGAACCCCAGAGUCUUGAGAGUGGCCAUUAUCGGGGCUCCCAACGCCGGCAAGUCCACCCUGUCGAACCAGCUGCUCGGACGGAAGAUCCUGCCGGUCUCCAGUAAGGUGCACACGACCAGAUGCAACGCUCAAGGCGUCAUCACAGCCGAGGAUACCCAGCUGAUUAUCUUGGAUACCCCUGGCCUCACCACUGCUGCCAAAGGCAAAAGACACAACCUGGAAAAGACCAUGCUGUCUGACCCCUUUGACAGCUUGAACGAUGCAGAUUUAGUGCUGGUCCUCGUGGAUGUCUCGGAUCGCCACACCCGGCAUCAGCUUCACCCGCAGGUGCUUCACUGCCUGAAGCAGUUCCCGCAGGUUCCCAGCCUCCUCGUCUUGAACAAGGUGAGUUUGUUGGGCUAUAACUUUGGCCUGGGGAUGGGUGUCAACCUGUUUUGCCAUCUCUGGGUUCCCCACCAGCCAAAGAGGCCCCCUUGGCUCCUGGUGACAGAACAAUUAACCGGUGGAGUCGUUUCCCUCCCGAGGUUAUGG